ACAAUAUAACGAAAUCCGAAUUAUUACAACAUCUAGUUAUAUAAUUUUAUUUAACAAUCGCCGCGUAUAAGACUACAUACUUAUUGAUAUGUAAUGUACCAAGUUCACCGAUGUCAAGGUUGGUAAAUACCCGAAUUAGCAUUCACAUUUUCUUCGACAUAACAACAAUUAUUUAUUUAUUGUGACGCGCUAAUAUUAAAAUGUUGUACUGAGCGAACCAUCAGCGUAGAUAAAAAUGCAAGGAAGUGUCUUAAUUGUUGUUGGAAUUUUCCUUAUUGCUAGUGACGUGCACGAAUGUAAGGUGUACACGAAAUGUGGACUCGCUCACGAAUUAUUGAUGAUGGGAUUUGAUAAAUCGUACGUUGGAAAUUGGGUGUGUAUGAUAGAAAGCGAAAGUGGACGAGACACAUCUAAACAGGUCAAUAAGGCAAAUGGAGGGCGAGCUUUAGGUCUUUUUCAGAUAAAUAGUAAAGAAUAUUGCACUUUUGGAAGGCCGGGCGGCAAAUGCAAUGCAAAAUGUGAAGAUUUUCUUGACGAAGAACUGACCAAAGACGCGGCUUGUGCCAAAAAAAUUCAAUCGGAUUUGGGUUUCAGAUACUGGCAGGGUUGGACUAGAAGUUGUUACGGUCGAUCCUACCCUUCUACUAUUGUAUCCCAAUGUUUUCCAAACCAGUUGCAUUAUUAAUUUUUAACCAGAAACCAUAAUAUUUAAGUUGUAUACCUAAAUGUAAUCCAACAUCUCUUCUUGUUACUAAGAUAUAUUUUGCGUAUUUAAUUAAGGUUUGAUGAGUGAGCCCCAAAUUAUAGGGUGU